AUUAGUCACUGUCAAAGAAUUCCGAAUUCCGAAUAGGGUUUUUGUUUUACAAAAAUUAAAGCCGUAAAAUGGCUGAGGCUUGUCAAAUAGUUCGAAAACAAGAUUUACCUCCUCCUGGGGGAUACAAACCUAUUCCAUUUAAAAGGAUUCCCGCAAAAUCAUAUUUUAGUGGUUUUACAUGGAUUGCUGGUUACAUUGGUAUGACCACUGUGUCUGCUUAUCUUUAUUAUUUAAAUUGCAAACAGGUUACAAAAGCUAAUAUCGAAAUGAGAUCUGCAAAGAUGGCAAUAUACCCAAUGUUGCUAGCAGAAAGAGACCGCGAGUACAUGAAGCAAUUGCGUAGAAACCGUGAUGCUGAAGCAGAGCUUAUGCGGGAUGUCCCUGGAUGGGAGGUUGGAACUUACUAUGGAGAGCGCGUGUAUAAGUUAGUGCCACCAGAUGCACUAGUUGAGCCAAUAUUCCAUGAAUUCUAUGCUCACUCUGACCCAUCUGACUGGGUUAAAAGAACUGAAUUGAAGCUGCGGUCCUAAAUCUGUGAGUAAUCUUUUGAACUGUAAGCAAGAACUUUGCUAUAUAUCAUACAGUUUAUCAACAUCUGUAUAUUUAUUGUAGUUAAUUAAUAAAGAUAAUGUUGAAACAU